CGCAGUGUUAUCGCUGCCGUUACAACACUAACCGCCGAAAAUGCGCCGAAUGUCUCUUCGGAGAUAAUUUGUACAGCGAACAGGAGAAGGAUACCGUCGUAAGCCGACUGGUUAAUGAAGUCCUUUCCUGUAAUCUGGAUGCGUAUGUCACACUCGGUGAGACGCAUUUCGAGCCGGUAUUCCAGGCCAAACCUUGGCUGCGUAUCAGGAUGAACGAUGCAGCCAGGAAACUCAUAGUCGCCCGCGAACCACAGUGGUGUGAUAUGCCACUGCCUGCCGAUUUGCCAACACAGCCGAAUUAUGUUGCGCCGAUGCAGCUGCCGAUCAGUUAUCCUGCACAAGUGCAGAUGCCGAUGAAUCAGGGAUAUACAACGAAUCCCAUGUCGCCGCAGCAGAUGUUGCAGUACCAGCAAUAUCAGCAGUACCAGUCGACACAGUACCAGCCGGCGCAAUAUGCGCAAUACCAGCAGCAAGCCGAUGCCGCUUUUAAUCAGCCGCAGUAUCAAAGCUAUCGUCAGCAGCACGAGCAGCAGCCGCCGAACAGUGCCGACAGUGCAGGGACUUCUGAUCCCUGGCUGAGAGAGUGCGGUUAUCCGGGAAAUACUGCAUCACAGCAGUAUCAAAGCCGUGCUGCAUCACAGCAGCGUCCAGCCGAAGUGCAGCCCAGCACGUCGCGGGUAAAGCCGGACGCGCGUGUCGGACUGUCAAAACAAAAUCGUGGCAGACAGCGCGGAAAUCAGCCGAAUAUUCGAUCUGCUAAUUAUCAGCAAUCGAAUAUACAGCGUAAGGAGCCGAUUAAACCGCAGACUAAUCCGCCGAAUGAAUCGCAACAGCCGCAACGUGAGAGUAAUUCUCGCAAAUAUCGUGGUAAUCGACGACCACGCCAGCCGACUAUCGACCCGAAUCAAGUAGUGCGCGAUAUAAAGCACUACACAGCCGAUUUUAAUAUUUAUAUCCAUAAGCUCGCUACCGUCGCCGGUAUUACGAAGACUAACGAGCGAGAGAUGAUGUACUUGCGCCGAUUAAUGACGUACGCCGUCGCUAUAUUGGAGAAAACCGGGUUAGGAAACUGUGUGAUGGAAUUUGACUAUUCCACAGUCGAUCUGUCGCGUUCUCUGGAAAUCCGAGAUAUGCAACCAGCCGCCGGAAUAACUUGCGUUCAGUGCUUGAUCGUAAGCAUUUGUUCACGCCGUUUACAUCUGUCGAUAUUGAGGUUAUUUCUCAAUUUCGUAUUUAUGGGGACGCUACGCCGGAAAAAUUCCUUAUGCAGUUUGUACUCCCCCAAGCCGACCCUGCGAAGUUUUAUUUCUUUUGCAAGGUAGCCGAUUUCAUGAAUUAUGAAUUGGACCAACGGGAUAUUAAAUGGGAAACGAUCCCGUAUAAUUCUGGAUUAAAAGCCGCUGUAUUGAACAUGUUGGCCGCGCUACUUGGUAGCCAUAGCGCCCAUAAAGCAAUUUAUGGUGCUAUUAAUCGGCCGGAAUACGCCCAGAUCACUGACUUAAUUGGUAUGCUGGGUGCGCCGUUAACUGAACAGCAAGAAGAGCAGGUGUUAAAAGACACCAUUGCCGCAGCCGGCCCUGUCCACAUGGACACUGACCAGCCGGAGGAAAGCCGUUGUUAUGACGAUAUUGAUGACCGUAUGAAGCGAUAUGGUCAGCGUAAACAACAGUAUGAUAUUGGCCAGAGUUAUAAGAAAAGGCCGCUACCAGAUUCGCCGGAUACUCCUACGGGAAGUAAAACUGUACAGCCGGAGCAGAAAUUCCGUAAUAAUCGGAAUAAACAGUCAGGUGAUCCUGCGACGCCGCAAUUGCGAGUGAUGGGCGGGAAACAGCCUGUCAAGCCGACUCCUCCCAUUACACAGCCGAUUAUUAUUCCUGUAGUCAAGCCGAAUUUGCCAUUGGCAAAAUUCGGGUCUGCUCCAUCGCUGUUGGGCACGACUACGGUCAAGUCCACAGGUACGAGUACUGAGCCGCAUAAAAAUAAGAAUGUUUCACGACCGCCGAAUAAUGGCAAUAAUAAAGCCGCUAAUAAAACGGGUGUUGCAGAAAAAACACAGCAGUUGCCAGCUGUGCCUGCACCUGUGCCGCCGAUCCCAACUGUUCCUGUUGAACAGCGGUCAGCAAUUGCUGCUAAGCCGAAUGAGCAACCAGCGGGUGUUGCAUUGUCGAUUUCCGCCGAAACGCAGCCUGUUAAUGCUGCCCCGCCGAAACGGAAAGUUAACAGACCGAAAUCUGUUAAUACAGAGCCGAGGAGGAAGGACAUCCUUGUCGAGCAUUAUCUGGUAAAAUUACCGAUUUCUCGAAUGUCCGAUGCCGAAUUUGAAUUUUAUAAGACGACGAAGUCUUAUGAAGAUGAAGCCGAACCGAAUUCCGACGAUUAUAAGCGGAAUACGAUCGCGUGUUUACGCAAGAUGAGUGAGUCCGAUAUGAAUAAGGACCAACUUGCGUUUUUUAACCGAUACCGUUACGAAUACCUAGAUGAAUAUCUAGACGAUGCCGAUGUUACUGAACAGCCGCUUAUUCGAUUGCCGCCACCGCAAGGUGAGGAAGAUACCGAAAUAUUCCACGAUACAGUGGAAAGCGUGCCGGCACAAAGUGUGCAGCCGAUGUCUGAGAUAUUAGGCGAUGCUUUACAUGCAGUCGCCGGAGCCGCUAUAGCCGAUUCUAUUUCUGACACUGCUGUCGCUGCCGCUGACGCUGACACCGAUAUGCUGAGCGAUGCGUGAGCGACGAUGCCGAGAUGCUGCUCUGGAGGACAAGUUAUUCUCCAGAAUGAGACGAAUCAUCAUGGAAUGGGAUCUCAUCAAAUUCGCCAAAUUUUUGUGAUUUUUCUAACCUAGUAUAUGCGCCGCAAAUUGUGUUCGGUCGCAUUUUGCUCAUUAUUUUUGUGUUGUUUUGUUUGGUGUGUCCUCGCGGGAGCUCGGUGUUCCCACCCGUGGCAUGCUAGGAGGCCGGUGCCACCACCCACGAUAGUGGGGCUGCGUGGAUGCCGCACCGUCUCUCCGGUCUGUUUUUUCGAUAUUCGACUGUGCAUUAAAAUGCACAGUCUCAUUCCGUGAUUUAGCCUUCUCCCAGCCAAGAAUAUCUUGACUGGUCGACCUGUGUUUUCCUGUUUGCUCCCAUCUGGGCUUAGAUAUCAUCCUGCGGAUGAUUUCAU